AUGAACAAAGUUAACAACAAAGAGGACAUUACUUUAAUUUGGUUUGAUACUCAUAUGGAAUACAAUAAUCAUGCAGAACAAACAAAGAAACAAUUACAUGAAAUCGUUGAUUAUGUUGUAUUCUACACUGAACUCGAAUCUUGUAUUAGCUUCAUUGAAUCAAUACAUAAUGAAAAACUUAUUUUUGUCAUUUCAAUAUAUGAUGCAUCACGAAUAUUACCUUAUGUUGCAACUCUAACUCAACUUGACAGUAUCUUUGUCUGCAAUUGGGAAAAAACCAAUAAUGAACAUUUGAUUUGUGAACAUUCAAAAAUGAUUGCUAUGUAUAAUGAACUCAAGUUAUUGUGUUUAUCAAUCCGAGAGCAAGUUGAUUUUCUUGAUCGACAUUUACAAAUAUUUGACUUCUUUGAUCAAGAUGAACUUUUAACGAGAGAUCUAUCAAAACAGGCUUCUGAUCUUCUUUGGUUUCAACUUUAUCAUGAUGUUGUCUUUCAGUUAACACAUGAUGAAGAAGCUAAAAAAGAAAUGAUCGAUGCAUGCCGUUCUUAUUAUCAAGAUAAUAUCAAAGAAUUAGAAGUGAUUGAGAAAUUUAAAAAUGAAUAUCGAUCACACGACGCUCUUCAAUGA